UACCAAGUGAUUGAUUGGUCGAUAAACUGUCUAACAAACGUUCAAAACAAUUUGACGAAGACAUGGGGCUGACGAGUAACACUGGUUUGUUAGCCAGUGUCUCCAAAACCAACACCCAAGGAAAGCGCAAAAUUGUACAGGAGCAAAAUGUAGAACUGCGAUGCGAAGUGACGCCUGCGCCGUUUAUGUUACGACCCUAUGCAGGAUUAUACAAUCCCUUCUCAAAUAACUGUUCAGUCCUCUGCAACCAUCCUGCCGAUACCGAAGUCAGAGUGCAUAUGAAACGAGUUAAGGAUGCUUGGAACGAUGGCAAAAAUUUAUGUGGUUUCUUCGAGGAUCUUUCUAAAUUGCCAAAUGGUCAGGAGAAAAUACGUACACCUCAUGAUAUCGUCACUGAAGACAUGUUUAGGAGAUACACAGAGACGGACUCCAGACCCCUCACACCAGCUCCUACGUUGGCUAGUGGCAAAUCACGAGGCUCCAGGCGAUGUCUCACACCCGACCAGCCACACGUGAGGACCACUAUCGUAGUUGACUUGAGAAGAAGUCACAGUCAGGAAACCCUUUACUACCACGGUUACACUACAUCCGACAUGACUGUGGGGAAUACAACGAUUGCCACCAACGAACGGUCUACCCUACCAUCGUUACAUCUAUCCGAAGGCACGCACAACCGCCUAAUUAAAGGCCAAUGCCAGCAGCUUCCUCCUUUGGCCUCGCCACUUGUAUUAUCUAAGAGAAAUAUUCCUGUCAAGGAGCCGCUUAGCGUACGAGCUGGUAAAAAGAACCAGCUAAAAGCUCUUAACUUGGGAAAGCCGGCUAAGAGUAAAACGAAGCAAACUGAAGCGCAAUUGUCCCAGCGGUCCAACACUGAGAAGGAAUCAAAUGAUGGGAGCGAGGCUGCUGUAGCUAGUAUUGAUGACGGAGGUAGUGGCGAAGGUCGACGGCGAGGCAAGCGACGUCGCAAGGGGCGUCCCUGCGGCAGCGACCGCCUCGCCUCGGCAGGCCUCGCCGCGCAGACUCAACAGGACCCUGAAACACAGAUUGCAGGAAUAGGAACAGAUUCCCACAACCCGAGUUCUCGUGCUUCGAUUGUGCCAUCUCAAGUGGACGAUGAUGUCAUCGUUCUUCCCGUUAUUAAGCCAAGGGCGUACAGAAAGACUGACAGCUUUCUCGAUGACGAUUUACUCAAAUUCCUGCAUCGAGAAGUCGAUGAAGAGGCUAUUGAAACAGAGUUUGAUGUCAAGAGACGUUACGUCUUUGAGGAAGCCUUAAGGACUCGUCCUGACCGCGCGUACAAUCAAGAAAUGCAGAACCUACUUCGAGAGUUAAAUGUUCCUGCCGUCAGCCUAGGAGACUGGCUUCACAUACCCCGUGUGUUCUCCCGACAAAACGCACAGUUCUCCUUACCUAUUGACACUGAUGCGCUAGAACAUUUAACACCGAUGCAGUACGCAGCGAGAUACGUUACAAUAAAGAAGUCCAAACAGCUGCUCUAUCUCACCGUACUGAGGAAGUUCAUGCCUCAAGGUUAUGCUAUGCCAGUUAAGGACAUAGAAGAUGGGCUAAUUCUCAUGAUGGGUGGCAUCCUAACAAAAAAGCAAGCGAAUGACUUCAAAGCUUUAAUGAAAUGGGAUACCUACGAAGAUGAGAACAAUAACCCCGAGGAUAUUAAGCUCACACUGGUAGAUUCAGGGCUUAAAAGGAAUGUGAUGAACGCAGCUGGAGAUACUGGAGAGGCAGAUAUACCAACUAUAAAAUACAGAACUUGGUGUGGGCUAUGUGCAGUUUGCGAAAGGAUGUACGGAAGGUUUCCUCCAAAAGACAAAGAUCUGCCUAAUGGGAUCGAGCUAAGCGAUUUCACGAUGAUUGAAACAAAAUUAGCCAUAUUGAAAGUUGACAGUGGACUGGUAGAAAUAUUGAAUACUAUACGAGUGCGAUGAAUUACAACUAAUACAUUGGAUUAUAUUUUUAUAUUAUACAACUUUUAGCAUAUUUUACAUAUGUCUGUUUAUUUACAAAGAGUUGGUGCGAAUGAGACAUAGAGUGAAUGGGAGGGUGCCAC